GGGAAGAUAACUCCUAUUCAAUUUUUCAGAAUAUUGCUUUACAAGAAAAUGAUGUCUUCAAAGUUACUUUCGCUGGCCCGGAAUAGUUUAUUAUGCAAUGCAUCGAAAUACAGCAUUCACUCUUCAAGUGUUUUAACAGCAAAAGUUGCUGUGGUAUUAUCUGGUUGUGGAGUUUAUGAUGGAAGUGAAAUUCAUGAAGCAUCAGCAGUGAUGGUACAUCUAAGUCGAGGUGGAGCAAACGUGUCUAUGUUCGCACCAGAUAUCAACCAAAUGCACGUGAUCAAUCACACCAAGGGAGAACCAAUGGAGCCCAGUAGAAAUGUUUUGGUGGAAUCUGCAAGAAUUGCCAGAGGAAAUAUCUCUGCACUGUCCAAGUUAAAGGCUAAUGAGUUUGAUGCUGUUAUUUUCCCAGGUGGAUUUGGAGCUGCUAAGAACCUGUCAUCAUUUGCAGUUGAUGGGACUGCAAUGAAAGUUAAUGCAGAUGUGGAGAGGGUAUUGAAAGAAUUUCAUGGUGCUGGCAAACCUAUUGGCUUGUGCUGCAUUGCGCCUGUUCUAGCAGCCAAAGUAAUACAGGGGUCAGAGGUCACUGUGGGGACAAGUGACCAAGAAGCAGCAGGGGCAGUCGGGGCAAUGGGAGGAAAACACAUCUCAACCAAAGUCAACGAAAGUCAUACAGAUCAGAAGAAUAACAUUGUUACGACAGCGGCUUUUAUGUGCGAUGCAGCACUACACGAAAUCUUUGAUGGUGUUGGGAAGAUGAUCAACGAUGUUCUAAAGGAGAAUAAAAUAGUCUACAGGUUGUAGAAAUCUGCAGAUUUAAGAUGUUUCUACAAUGACUGCUUGUAAAAAUUGAAUGUGUGCUGGGUUACACAGAUUUACAUAUUAGACAAGAUUGAACCAGUGUGAAAUUGAUAAUCUACAUGUAUAAUGGAAAUAAAAUCCUUUCCAAAUCGACAAAUUGAACAAGUGUGAAAUUGAUAAUCUACAUGUAUAGUGGAAAUAAAAUCCUUUCCAAAUCC